AUGUUACCCCCCUCAUCUACCCGAGUUGUGGCACGAUCCAUGGCCUCAUUGACACAUGUGGCUUCGCGCUCGACUACCGCCGGCUCCCCCGCAGUCGCUCGCAAUGCCUUGGCUUGCGCUGGUCGCUUCCCCGCUUCGCUCGGUAGUCGACACAUGCUGAGCUCCAAUAGCCGAUCCCUCCAUCAGUUUCCCCGCUUCCAGUCUUUGACCAACACCAACAAGAGAGCUUUCAGCACAUCUGUCACUAUGUCGUCUAGCUACCGUGCGGAAACCGAUGCUUUCGGUGAAAUCCAAGUCCCCUCGGACAAGUACUGGGGUGCGCAGACUCAGCGCUCCCUGGGCAACUUCGACAUCAACCAGCCUCAGGACCGCAUGCCCGAGGGUGUCGUCAAGGCCUUCGGUAUCCUGAAGGGCGCCGCUGCCACUGUGAACAUGCAGUUUGGCCUUGACCCCAAGGUUGGUGAGGCCAUCAAGCAGGCCGCCGCCGAGGUCGCCGAGGGCAAGCUGCUCGACCACUUCCCUCUGGUCGUGUGGCAGACCGGUUCCGGCACCCAGUCCAACAUGAACAGCAACGAGGUCAUCUCGAACCGCGCCAUUGAGAUCAUGGGUGGCACCAUGGGCAGCAAGAAGCCCGUCCACCCCAACGACCACGUCAACAUGUCCGCCUCGUCCAACGACUCCUUCCCCACCGCGAUGCACAUUGCCGCCGUCCUGGAGCUCGAGGGUGCUCUGCUGCCUUCGCUGAAGAGCUUGCGCGACGCUCUCCAGGUGAAGGUCGACAAGUUCCAGGAGAUCAUCAAGAUCGGCCGUACCCACUUGCAGGACGCCACUCCCCUGACCCUGGGCCAGGAGUUCUCCGGCUACGUCGCCCAGCUCGACCGCAACAUUGAGCGUGUCGAGAACAGCCUGCCCCACCUCCGCUUCCUCGCCCAGGGUGGUACCGCGGUCGGUACCGGCCUGAACACCUUCAAGGGCUUUGACGAGGCCGUGGCCACCGAGGUCACCAAGAUGACCGGGACCGAGUUCAAGACGGCCCCCAACAAGUUCGAGGUGCUGGCCGCGCAUGACGCCGUGGUCGAGGCCUCGGGCUCGCUGAACACUCUGGCUUGCUCCCUGUUCAAGAUCGCGCAGGACAUCCGCUACCUCGGCUCUGGUCCCCGCUGCGGUCUGGGUGAGCUGGUGCUGCCCGAGAACGAGCCCGGUUCCUCGAUCAUGCCGGGCAAGGUCAACCCCACCCAGUGCGAGUCGCUCACCAUGGUGUGCGCCCAGGUCAUGGGUAACCACGUGGCUGCGACGGUCAGCGGCAUGAACGGCCAGUUCGAGCUGAACGUGUUCAAGCCGGUGAUGAUCCGCAACUUGCUGCACAGCUCGCGCAUCCUGCGCGACGGCAUGAAGAGCUUCGAGCGCAACCUGGUGCACGGCCUGGAGGCCAACGAGGAGCGCAUCAGCACUCUUCUCCACGAGAGUCUGAUGCUGGUGACCUGCCUGAACCCCGUGAUCGGCUACGACAUGGCGUCCAAGGUGGCCAAGAACGCGCACAAGAAGGGCCUGACUCUGAAGCAGAGUGCGAUGGAGCUGAAGGCUCUCAGCGAGGAGGACUUUGACAAGCACGUCCGUCCGGAGCUGAUGCUGGCUCCUAAGGAGAUGAAAUAG